UCCUCGCGCUGCCCCUCGUGGUCUCCUCCAAAAAGUUUAGCAAAAAAGAAGGGAUCCCCUAAUCGCAGCCCGAAGGCGCACGCCGCACGGCUCACGAGGGCGUUGGAUCGGAUCGGCGUCGCUGGAGGCGGAGGCGGAGGCGAGCGCGAGAUGUGGGAGUCCGUGGCGCUGACGCUGGCCGGCACCGCCGGCAACAACAUCGGCAAGGUCCUCCAGAAGAAGGGCACCCUCAUCCUCCCUCCCCUCUCCCUCAAGCUCAAGGUGAUACGGGCGUACGCGUUUAACCAGCUCUGGAUCAGCGGAUUCCUCAUGGAUAUGUGCGGCGCCGCGCUCAUGCUCACCGCGCUCUCCCAGGCCCCAGUCUCCGUCGUGCAGCCGAUUGCUGGGUGCGGCCUCGCAAUACUCUGCGUCUUCUCCCACUUUUACCUAAAGGAGGUCAUGAACGGUCUCGAUUGGGUUGCCAUCACGCUAGCCGGUCUCGGCACAAUCGGAGUUGGUGUUGGAGGCGAGGAGCAGAAAGUGGAUAAGAUCCCUCUUUUCAAUAUACCCUGGCUAGUGCUCUCCAUCAUCAUCUUGUUUGUUCUGCUCAACACUUGGCUUCAUAUGUACAAAAAGCAAAGGCGUGAACAGGAGUUGACUGGACCCGAAGUGAUUGAGGAGAUCAUAUAUGGCUUAGAAUCGGGCAUUUUGUUUGGGAUUUCAUCGGUGAUCUCUAAGACGGGAUUUGUGAUGUCAGAAAUGGGCUUUCCAAAGAUUGUUGUGCCGGCUGCCGUUUCUUGUAGUGUUUGCUGCAGUGCUGUGGGAUUUGUUUAUCAGACUCGAGGUCUCAAGCAUGGGAGGGCAAUUGUUGUAUCUACAUGUACAUCGGUGGCAUCUAUAGUGUCUGGUGUUGUAGCUGGCAUGAUUGCACUUGAUGAACAUCUGCCUGAAGCUCCCACAGCCCGACGUUUUCUCUUACUUGGAUGGUUCUUCAUUAUCACAGGAGUGAUACUACUUGUUAGUUCAUCCCGAUUGAUUGCACGUCUACCUAGGCCUAUGCAGAAGUUUUUGAGGAGCAACAUGGAGCGUACCCACAGCAUCAGGAGGCCUGGCUCAGCACGAGGGAAGGACCUCAUUCCAAGCACAACAAUCCAUGCAUCGUCAUUACAUCUGCUUACUUCUCCAGCGAAGGAAAAGGCCUAGAGAAAGGUUGCUGUUCGAGCUAAGUAAUUUGUUUUGGCACCUGACAUGCGUCACGUCGUUGUUUGAUUGAUUGGUAAUGUGAAUGUAAAAGUCCAGAUCAGCAUCUUAAAAGUUUGGGUUUGGGUUGGUUACUCAUUAUUCUGCCCUUACAGGUCUAACGGAAGCUUGGAAAAAAUUGCUGUGAAAUUUGUUCAUGUUUCAUGUUAUCGUUUCUUUGGUUGGUGA